AUGUCAGCUGAGGUGGAGAGUAUUUUGAGAUCAUUUUGGGAGUGGCGUUUGAGGGAGAGUCCAGAAUUCGCGACGCAGAUUGGCGUUCAUACUUUCGACAGUUGCCUAGAUGUUCAUAGUUUGGAUGCAUAUGCCAAGCGUAAGGUAAAAUAUUCGCUUACCGCAAAGAUCACAUGACUAUUGUGGGUGUCUAGAAAACGACGACCUAGAAAACAAAGACCUACGACCUAGAAAACGACGACCUACUAGAAAACGACGACCUAGAAAACGACGACCUAGAAAACGACGACCGAGAAAACGAUGACCUAGAAAACGAUGACCUAGAAAACGACGACAGGGAUGGGGUAGCUCGAAGGAUUAAGAGGUUAUAGGGGUACAGAAGGCGGGAAAUAAGAGGACGAUACGAGGGAAUUAUGAAGGGGUGAUCUAGAGGUGGGCGAAGAAGGAAAAGUACAGAAAAAUAGUAAAUAUUAUUUGUACCGGCUAAGGGUAUGAAGCCAAGGAAUAAAACGGGGCGUCUGGAAAAACCGGAAACCGGAAUCCGGAAUAGGAACGGGAAUGGGAACAGGAACCGGAACCGGAACCGGAAACAGCAACGGAACAGAAACAGCAAUGUGAAGGGGAACCGAUACAAGAACAGGGAUAUAAUUUACUUUAAAUUAUUUUAAUUCGAAUUCAAUUUAUACAAAAAAUAAGAACACUACUCUGGUAUCAUGCUCCCCACCGAAUCUCUUUAUAAUACGGCAGCAAGGAGGUAGAAAAAGCCGCAAGUUAAAUAAGUAAAGCAACAGCUUUGCGAGUGCAUCGUAUCGCGCUUUCUGUCAAAUUCCUCACCGCGUAUGCACAACUAUGAUGUAAAUGAUCAAAUCUUAAGUUCUCUUAAGAACGUGAACGACAGGCAAUAAAUUUUAUUGUGUCUUUCUGAGCUCGGACGCGUCUCCAGUUUCAUUUCCCAACCUUUAAUAGACUCGGCAAUUUGGAAUUAAUGAGAAAUAGUUUGAAUUAAGACCAAUUCAGUUUCUCAGUGGCGUUUUCGCUGGCGUUGCCGUCGUCAGAUCUUAAGGUUCCUUUUGUCUCUCACAGGAAGGUGGUUAUCACAUGUUAAUAUUAUUUGUCAGACCAUGUGUAUCACGAGACACCCAUCGGAGACGUUUAUUGGGCUGCCAUACACCUCAGGUUUGCUCCAUAGAUAUAUUGUGCGGUGCUAAAUUGGGAAGUUAACCAGAGAUAGAUAGUCCACAGCUUAAAAAGGGUAUUAACAUGUACUUCCUCCCCUCCCCCAAAACCCAUCUCAGCGGCCAGUACUUCAUCUACCUCAACCGCGUGCAAUAGGGACCUUAAUAAGCAAGCAGAACGUUGACGUCGAGGACAUUAAAAAUGGAAACUGGAAGUGGAUGUUUUCUGUCUUUAGGUGCUCUGACUCAACAAAUUCGCACACUGGAAGGCAAGAGGAAGAAUUCAGAUUCGUUGUGUGAGACAGAAGCGUUCCAUCAAGCGACGGUCAGCGUUCUCGUUGCUUAAGUUCGCUAUUAUGUUUGACACGAAAACACAAUGUGUCAUAGGCUAAAGAUAAAGAAAGGUUAAUUAGAUUAACAUUUCAAGGGUGUUUUCUUGUUUCUUUAAUUAUUUCUCUGGCUUUUUAUUUAUAUCACGAUUAUAUCUUUUUCUUUUCAUAUUCUAUACACUGUUUAUAUUUCCGUUCCUAUUCCGGUUCCUAUUCUAUUUUUCCCUUAUUUUUCGUAUAUAAUCUGAACAGGAAUUAAAUCCAGAUUAAAAUCCCUGCUUUUAUAUAGGUUUCUCUUCCCAUUCCGGUUCCUAUUCCGGUUCCGGUUCCUGUUCCUGUUCCUAUUCCCGUUCCUAUUCCGGAUUCCGGAUUCCCGCUUUUCCAGAUGCCCAAUAAAACGGUGGAACUGGAAAUGCAAGGUGCGCGAGGUCUCCCCUCUGUUUCGUUUAUCAAACAAGCGUUGCCUGUUUGUUAUCGGAUAGAUUUAUUUGAUGACAAGAAUUGUAUUAGCUUAUUGUGUUUCAAACCAGUUUUUCAGUAGAAUCGAAGUGAGAAAGAAAAUAAUUUACAGUCUGUCUAUAAAUCCGCUUACCUGAAAAAUCUGUUAAAAGAAUUUGCUAACCUGUAAAGAGCGAUUGUUGUAACGACCCGCCACAGAAGUAAGUUAACAUUGAAGUUUUCUGAAUUUAGCCACGAGAUUAAGACGAUUUGUGUUUGUUCUGAUUGCGAAUUAUAAAUGUAUUUCUUUUAGAUCGAAAAAUUAUUAAAGCUUGGUGGUCAUUGGACCUAACCAGUUCCUAAGGAAACACCCUCCCCCUCUAGAGCUGGCUGGGGUGGUGGACAAUAAAGUGUUUACCAAGAGAGGAUAACCUCUCUUGGUGUUUACUGAUUAAAAGUAUAUCGGGUUAGUUUCAUGAGCGAUCCCGGAGUGUGUUAAUAAAAAGAGGUUUGGGGAACGAAGUAUUUCUAAAAGUCAAAUUUCGGAAAUUUUCACGUUUAGGCGGAGAUGCUCGAUUGAUUUAUUGAUUAGCGUAAACCUUCGUUACAUGUACCCCGCGAGAUGCCUACAUCUAUUUUUCUUGCGUUAUUUUCGUAACGCGGUUUAUAAAACCGUCUCUCGCAUUUUUAAGCAGCAGUUACAGAGUUUCUAGUGUCGUCGCAGGAGCUAUUGUUUUGUCUUGGACAUUGCAUUGUGCAUUGCGUGAAAGUGAUGGAAGAAUUAAAAAUGAACCGAAGUGAAAUUUUUAAUUUUGCUCUGCGGCGUUGUCUCUAUUUCUCAUGAUGUAAUAAUUUAUUUCUGAACAAUUCAAAAGUUCUGCCGGAGAUCUCACUGCAUAUAUACCACGCUCUCGGACCUGUGAGGAAACAGAAACUCCUAGGAUGAUACGAUUCAAAUCUUACAGUUCAAAUACAGUUCAAAUCUGAUGACAUGUCAACCUUCAUUGUGUCCCAGAUAAUAUUUCACAAUUCUCGUUACCGGUAUGCUGCCGUUUCAUGUAUGGAAAGGUACGAGAAAAUGUUGAAGCCCUUCUUUCUUUAUUUUCAAAAUAUAAACUGUUUGUUUACUGUGUUGAGCUGUGAACGCAAAAACGGCUCGCCUGAUUUAUUUCCUGUUUGAUUUAUGUGGGCUUGAACUUCUCGCUAUAAACGACGCGCCAGUGAAGCAGUGUAUAUUAUUUAGGUCAUUAAGAUUUGAUGGAAAUUUGUUUAAAUUGAUAUCAGGAUAAUAAAUAGGUCAAAGCAAAGCUUUUGCUUCCAGUAGUCAGUCAUGUUGAAUCAUGACUUCAUUGACCAUACUAAAGGAAAAUUUGACUAGAGAAACUUUUUUAGUGGAGCUCUCACGCGCUCGCGUAAAGGGGGCACAAUUGGUAACAAAUUUGGUUACCUUUGCAUGGGUGCCAUUCCAUUCAAUCAAAACGUCUGGUUUAAAUUUUCGGCAACUUCCUUGCAGUACCGAAUGGAACAGCACUUUCGCAAUAUAAUAACCAAAUUUUCGAAAAUUAUCAUUGGGAAGUUUUCUUUCCGCAUUCAAAUUUGCACCCGAAUGUCUAAAAUUUCUGGUUGAAAGGUUCGCAUUUCGGAAACUUUUCCAGAAGUCUGGGAACUUUUCCGGGAAAAUACUGUACCAAUUGUCGCUGUUUCCAAAGUUUCUUAAGUUUUGGGUGAAUGGAAAGCGCCCAAAAUGCAUCCAAGAAAUUUUGGUUCUGAGAGAAUUGUCUGCACGUACUACGAUGUGCAAAAAAGUGUGCUGCACGUGCAUAUUAGAACUAUUGACCUUAGCAUUACUUAUAACCAUCCCCGGGUAACUAGCGGCUAUGAGCGAUUUGCGUGGGUGUUUGGCACUUUUGAUAAGAUGACUUUGAGAUUUGCUAUGAAUUUGUUCGGGGACGGGGCAUUUCGCACACUUCUAUUAAGCCUUUCCCCCCCCCCCCUCCCCGCGGUUUUUUUUGUUAGGUCGUCGUUUUCUAGGUCGUCGCUUUCUAGGUCGUCGUUUCCUAGGUCGUCCCUUUCUAGGUCGUCGUUUUCUAGAUCGUUGUUUUCUAGGUCGUCGUUUUCUAGGUCGUUGUUUUCUAGGUCGCCGCUUUUCAGGUCGCCGCUUUUCAGGUCGCCCCUUUCUAGGUCGCCGCUUUCUAGAUCAUCGCUUUCUAGGUCGCCGCUUUUCUAGGUCGCCAUUUUCUAGAUCGUUGUUUUCUGGGGUCGCCGCUUUUCUAGGUCGCCGCUUUUCUAGGUCGUCCCUUUCUAGGUCGUUGUUUUCUAGAUCGUUGUUUUCUAGGUCGCCGCUUUUCUGGGUCGCCGCUUUUUUAGGUCGCCCUUUCUAGGUCGCCCCUUUCUAGGUCGCCGCUUUCUGGGUGGAUGGCUUUUUCUAGGUCGUUGUUUUCUAGGUCGUCCCUUUCUAAGUCGUCGUUUUCUAGAUCGUUGUUUUCUAGGUCGUCGUUUUCUAGGUCGUCGUUUUCUAGGUCAUCCCUUUCUAGGUCGUCGUCUUCUAGAUCGUUGUUUUCUAGGUCGUCGUUUUCUAGGUCGUCGUUUUCUAGGUCGUUGUUUUCUAGGUCGUUGUUUUCUAGGUCGUCGCUUUCUAGGUCGUCGUUUUCUAGGUCGUUGUUUUCUAGGUCGUAGCUCUUCGUUUUCUAGGUCGUCGUUUUCUAGACACCCGACUAUUGUUUGUUUUGUUUUUAUACGCAAACGAAAUAAAGCUCCCGAUAUCACAAAAUUCUUGGAAGUACUGUAUUUUAGAUCAGAACUCGGGCUUCCGCCAUUAAUUUUCUUCCAGACCAGGGCGUUACCAGUGUCCAUAAAAAUCAAUAAUUGACGAUCAAAUUCGAUACUAAUCAAUAGAAAUCAAUAAAAAUUGACCACAAGAUUGAUCGUCAUUAUGGAUUCGAUCGAUUUUGAUCGACGUGUAUCAAUAUACGAAAAAGGUGUGUGGUGGAAGAAAAGACUGCAUGUUAAAGUUUGUGUUGACUUUGUUUUCUUACAAGCUGCACAGUGAUUUUUACAGUUUGUUCCCUGUUAGCAGAGGCCUCUUUUCCUAGAAAGAAGCCUGUGCUAGCAGGGGAUACACAGACUUGCCAACCCCUAAGAGGCAAAAAUCAGAAAAAUCUUUAGUUUCUGACUCGUGACCGGCAUCUCAGUCAAGAGUCAACCAAGAUGUCAGUUGAUACAUCAGUCGACAGUCCCCCAAAAGAUACAUGAUCCAAGCUGGAAAAGUAGUGAGAACUUGAAAAAAGAGAUGUCCCAAAUUUCCUAGCCUGAUUCUCAGAUGUCCGAGGUCGUUCGCGGUCCCUUUCGCUUCAGAGGGAGGGAAGCGAAAGGGAACGCGAACGACCUUGGACGUCUGAGAAUAAGGCUACAAAUUUCCUAGUGGAAAGACGUACGUCUUACGUAGUGGAUUUUGGGUAUUAUACCAUGUAAGCCUCAUCUUUUAAAGUUGGAGCGGAAAAUAUCACCUAUCUCUUCACGUGGGAAUCUUAACCAACACCUGUGCUCUUUCCGCACCAUCCAGUUGAAGGGAUACUGGUAAACUGGCACACGUGAAUUAUUCCGCACCAUCCAGUUGAAGAGAUACUGGUAAACUGGCACACGUGAAUUUCUAGAAAUAUCUGAUGUUGGAAGGAACUUUUGUAAACAAAAACCUCUCAACCUCUUAUACGUAAGUGGAUGUGGCCAAUCAGAAAUCAGUUCCUGGACCUUUGAAACGAAAAACGGGCUCACCAACCACUCAUUUAGGAAGUAAACUUCAAACUAUGUUAAUGUAGUAUAGUUGAGUACGUACACAAGAGUGGGACAAAUUUGCUGUUUUUAUGCUAGAGAAGUUACCGGAAAGUCGUCUGAGAGUUUAAAGUUGUCUUGAGACGACUUUAUUGUCUAUUAAAAAAGACGCUACUUAAGACAGACGUAUUUAAUGUCUGAUGACAAUAACGACUUUAAUGUCUCAGACAUGAAAUACAUCCUGCAUUAAAACAGGGCAUUGUAAACUGGGAUGCAUUUAUUUGCAGCUCAUCAAGAGAUGACUUUGAAGAGUCAGUGUGCUGUAUCUUUUCCGUAAAACUCUGUUUUCUUUUUAAUGUUAUCCACUUUUAUGCAUCCCCUUUUUACACCAGUGGACCUUAAUUAAAGUCUCAGAUGUUAAAUAUGUCAAGACAACUUUAACAUCUCUAGCAUAAAAAUGGCCAAUUUAAAGUCUUUAUACAGUGUAGUGUUUUAGCUGAGGCCAGGUAGUGACUCACAAAGCUCAUGAUAAUUAAUAUUAAUCACUGAGUUUACUUGUACUGGUUAUCUAUUUGUAACUGUUUUUUUAAACUUCAGGAAGACUGCAAAGAAUUCUUGAAGAGAUUAAAUGCAGUUAGUACAAGUGAUAUUUCUAAGGUAAACUGACCAUUUUCUGAGUAUUUUAACAUUUCUCUUGUAGAAUUAAAUUGCUUCAGGCAAAAAAUGAAUGUCCUCCAAGCUUCUACAAGGGGUUUUGGUCAUUAUAUGGGUUAGGAACAGGUGAUUUCUGUUGCAUGGCAAGAUUCUAGCUCACUCCCUUUUCCUGAUGUUGCAGAGCCCUUACGUCACUGCCCUUGACUCGUGUUCCUUCAAGAAUUUGUUAGUAUCUUUGCCCAAACUAUCUCCUGUCCACAAAGCUUUAUUAUUAAAAAGGAUAUUAUUUUUAAGUGGCACAUGCAUGAAGGCCUGGGUUGUAAUCUGCAAUAGACCUGCAAUAGACUCCAGGAAGGAGGGAAACUCCUUUUAGCAUUCUACAGACACCAACCACAAGAAAAUUGGGUGUCCUGUGGCACACAUGUCCCUUUAACUUUGUAUUAUAAAGGGGCAGGGUGUGUUGGUUUAACUGGUCAUUUUUUUGCUUCAUUAGGAUCCCAGUAAACACCUUCUUUUUAUACAUGGUACAUGUAGAUACAGCAUGGGGCAAAGGGUUUAUCAAGUAACUAUUUUGUUUGAAGAUCAGUAGAAUAUUAUUAAUAUUAUAAUUACAGUGGGUAAGGAAUGGCCAUAUCGUCCCGACACUGAGGAUGAGCAAAAGUCCUCACAUGGUGCUUGAUACAGUAAUUUUGUUUAUUACUUUUGUCAUGACCAGCAGAAACUGGCUUUUAUUAACCCAUUCUCUCCUCCCUUCUUUUUUCGCUUUUCUUGCCUCAUUUUUUUUUCUCUUGCUGGGCAUUUAGUAGGCUUCAUUUUGGUGGAAAGAGUUUUUAGGAAAGCUUUUAGGAUCUUAGGAUUAGGUGAAAGGAAAGGUAGGUGGGUAAUGGAACAAGAUUUUCAUGGAGAUUUUCAGGUCCUUGUCACGUGGUUUUUUGCUUCUUUCUCCGGUGUCCUUGACUGAAUUGUGCUCAUUCUGGUAUGGUUUGAAAGAUCUCUUCACUCUGCACACGUGUGCGAAGAAAGUUGUCCUUGACCGUUAAAACUGAUGACGUCACAAAGGGUAGAAAGGAUCUGGAUCCGAACGGGCGGUUACGGGCGGUUCAGGGGCGAAUGGGUUAAUCAAAAAACCUAAAAAUGGCCUUUUACCAACUUUUUCAGCUGAUUUUACAUGAAAUAGACAGAUUUGGUUGUUUUAUGCUGAAAAGUGGAUUUUUUUCAAAAAGCUUGGUACUCUGCUUAACCCAUUCGCUCCUGGAGAUUUUGCCGAAAAACGCGUUUUGAAGCUAGUCGAGUGGUUUUCUGGUCACUCUCGUGCUAUAAAGAGCUAAAACUUACGGGCGGUUCAGGAGCGAAUGGGUUAAGCCAACUGCUACCAAUGAUAUAUGUAAAAAUGGUCAGCUACAGGUUCAAAUUGACUAAAGAGGCAUGAUAAGGCCAUAGGAAAAAUCUUUCUAAUUUAACGACUGGUAAGCUUUUAGCUGCCUUUAGUUAAUGACAGCUGGCCUGUGUUCAUCACUACUUUUGGGUAUUAAUCUUAUCAUUCAUUUUAGACUGAUGCCUUAAAUGUGAAGCUGCUUCAAAGAGAAAUCGAGAUGUUUCUGGAAGGGUCAAAUCAUAAAAGGUUAGAUAAAUGGAAUUCAGGUGUUUUAUAGCUUUCUAGUUCUCUUUUACAAUAAAACUCAAAAACCCAUGAACAUCUGAAAUAUUUUGGGAGGAUUAAUUGUGCUUAAUCAAUAACUUAACACAAUUGGAUGGUUUCAUCAUCAUCUCAUAAUAAUUGCUAUCUGGCUCCAAGUGUAGAGUUUCAUGUCAUUUUUAAGUAAAAUGAUACACUGUAUACCUUCUACUACUUAUUUCUUUUGUCUUAUUAUUAUUAUUUUUUAUAGACCUGGGCAUUAAUACUAACUAACACUUAUAAAAAGGGGACUGCCUUGCUGGUUUCAUUGCAACAAGACAACAAAGGAACAAUUUGGUCUUAUAUAAGUGAUUGUUAAUUUUUAUGCAGAGGGACUGAGAUGAAUUUCAAAUAUAACACCGUUUUAACUGGAAGGAGUUAUGAGUAUCAAUAUUGCAAGGAAAAAGUUUUGGACUACAAAAGGGCCUUUGUAACAUAUUUUCAGGUGGCCAGAGAAAAUUGCUACUGCCCCUGAUGUGGCAAUGUUAUUCAAAGUAGGUGACGUGCAGUGCAAAACAAGGCAAUCACCUUAAUUUUAAAGAUUAAAGCCAUUUAAUUAAAAAAUGGUGUAAUUUUCCUACAGUCACAAUGCUUAUUAUUAUUUUCUACUCAUGAUAACUGUGUGGCCUUUGUCUUAUUUUAGCUACUUGUUUCCUCUAAUAAAUCUAGAGGGACCCCAGCUGGAAUUUUUUACACGGCUGAUUUCCUGGAUGAAAUUUGAAACCAAGGAGGAUUAUGAAAAAUAUUUUUCAAGGCUGAAUGCUUUCCCAACUCAGGUGUGUAAUACCAUGGUACUAUAAGAGAAGAGUAAGGAGCAACCAUAAUAAUGGCAAUGGUUAAAAUGUCUCUCAGAAAAAGAAUUGUCACUCUUUAAAAAUUUAUUGGGUUUAUUUAGCCUCACUCAAUUUGUGAAAUACAAUGUAGGUAAAAGUUCAAAAAGGAAAAGAUAAUCUCAUCCUAGUUGUUCAAGUCCUCCAUUAAAUGUCACAUCAGUAAUUUUUGCUUUGUAGUUGUGCAGUUGAUGUCAUGAUCAGUGAAAAAAAAAAAUUAUGUUUCAAACACAGCACAUGUAAUGCUGUUGAUGUAGCAUUUUUGAUGAUGUUGUCAUUGUUGUCUUCAUUGCUUAAGCUUCCUAGGUUUGAAAAAGCCACUUGGUUUACCUUUGAUCAAACUGAUCUUUCUCUGUGAGGUGAUGUAACUUGUUUACUUUUUCUUUCUAUAAUGACCAGGCCUCUGAGAUGAUUGUAUUGCUGGAAGAAGGAAUCAGAACACACUAUGUACCUCCUCAGCUUACUGUCGUAAGUGUUUCAAUAAAAGCAUAAUGGGAAACAGACUGAGAUGCCAUCUAUCUUGAGGAGAGGGCUUUUGAGAAGAUCCUGUUAAUGGUUAAUGCUAGUUAUAAUGGAAGGGCAGUCCUAAUCACAACUCAGUUUGUAUAUAGGGUGGGGUGGGGGGGAGGGGGGUAGCUGUACGGAUGCUUUUCUCUGUCUUCUCUCAAUCCAGCAUAAGGUUAAUCAGUAUCUUGAUACCCCAGAGUGCAAGGCAGUACGUUUACUUGCGAUGGACUUUAGUAAAGCAUUUGACUGCUUGAAACACAACCUUUUGUUUGACAGAAACUGAAACAGCUGAGUAAGAUGUCACUCACAUGUUGCAUGUUCCAUGAGAUGUUACUCAUCAGAGUCUUUGCUAACUGUAUAUCAAACAGAUUGUUUUUUUUAGCAUGACAAGAUCAUGAUGUCUAUACAUGUAUAUGUGGUGUGUUUAUAGCAUCAGACUCUGAUGAGUAGGAUCUAACCCGCAUGUUGCAUGUUUGUUUAGAUGCUACUCAUCAGAGAGUCUAUGCUAACUGUACAACAAACAGAUUGAUCUUUUUAGCAUGACAAGAUUAGAAGGUCCAUACAUGUAAUAACAAUAAUAAUAAUAAUAAUAAUAAUAAUAAUAAUAAUAAUAAUAAUAAUAAUAAUCCCAGCCAAAAUUACAGUAUGUAGAGAUCAAUCUGAAAUCUACAACUACUGAUGGAGUCAACUUUCUAAGAAUAAAUUCAUUAAUGUUUUCUUGGGAGUUAUGCUUGACCUGGUUUGACUGUAAAAGGGGUUGUUCAAUAUAAUGAACAAAUUUCCCCAAUCCCUCUGGCAGUUCGUUAAUCGAGCUUCCGUUGUAUCUAAAGUAUCUAGCAAAGAACAGGGGGCAAAAAAGUACAAAAAUACCAGGAUCAGGAUCUGCUGUGCAAAAAUUAAUGUUGCCCACAUAUUUUUGCGUGGCGACAUGUGUGGUGUGUGUGGCCGAGCAGUUAACACCUCGAACUCUGGAUAUGGAGGUCCGGGGUUCAAGCCCCGCCUGUUGCAUUGUUUCCUUAGAGAAGGAACUUUACUCCACUUUGUCUCUCUUCACUCAGGUGUAUAAAUGGGUACCGGUGACAUACUGCUAGGAGGUAACCCUUCGAUGGACUAGUAUCUUGUCCAGGGGGAGAGUAGCAAUACUCCUAGGCUUGCUUCAUGCUACAGAAACCGGUAUAAGCUCUGGCCGUGUGGGUCCUGGCUCAUGUGCGCCUUUACCUUUUUACAUAUUUUUGCGUGUGAGAGAGGUUUUACGUAGUAGAGAGUCUCCGCUAACUGGACAUCAAACACCUCUCUAUGUUUAUAGUUGCACGUGGAAGGGUAUUAUUUUUUUAUAUCUCUGCGGAGGAAUGAUAAACAGCAGCAAAUUAUACAGCAUUAAUAUUUCUCUUAGACUGUGUAGCAAGUGUUUUUGCAGCCCAAUAACUCAAUAAUGGAAACACUUGCUUUGCAGGCUUUAUUUCUCUUUAAACCUGCCCUCUCAGAAAUUUGCUAUCUCUUCAGUGUGUCAAUCAUGUCGUCUGUCUAGGGUUCAGUGUUAGAGAGAGCAUGAUAUUGUUGAAGGAAAGGAACUUUCUGCUGAUAAUACCAAGCUAAUAAUAGUAAUAAUAAACAUUGAUAGUAGUGAUAAUAAUAAUAAUAAUAAUAAUAAUAAUAAUAAUAAUAAUAAUAAUAAUAAUAAUGGAUAACAAAGCAUACUAUUAAAAACUUUUUUAUUUAUUAAUUUUGUUUUAAAAAACAGUCAUUUUAAGCACCAUUUACAAUAUUGUUUUGAUGUUACAAAAAUACGUUGAAAAUUUCAAUUUAAAAAAUUCAUCUCAAUUGAAAAAAAUCUUUUCAAUCAUGAACAAUUCGUUUCAGUUAAAAGCAAUUAAUAAUAAUGAUAAUAAUAAUAACAAUAAUAGCAGUGCAUCAAAAAACUAAAUUUCUUCGUCGAAGUUCAUCAUUUAGUGGGUUGCAACACAAUUUCUAAAACCAUGAUAAAGUUUCUUUGAGGAUUCAAUUAAGUUAGUAAAACUAUGAUAUAUGGAGACCAAUCAAGCGUAUUUUUUGUGUUCGUAAUGACAACUAUCUCAGCUUUUGUAAUAAUAACCAACCUGUUAUUGUUAAAGAAGUGUUCACGUCAUUUUGAGGCUUCUAUGCAGACAUUCUAUUGCCUCAUCAUGCAAUUUCAGUAGACUGUUUUUACAUGAAUGCAAAAAAUGUCCGAGGGGGAGAAAAAUAUUAUUCAUCUCCCUCUCAUUCUCUGAGCAGGAUUUGAUAAAUUUGAUAAAUGGAGGAAAUUGGGGAGAGUGCUCAAUAAGAAUGUGCUAAAUGUACAGUUUCGGAGUCAUAAAAUCCAGAGGAUUCUGGGUACAAGAUUGUACACAUGCACAAAAUCAGCCCAAUUUAUUUUGAACCCACCAUUUGCAUGUUUAGAGUCGAAAAAGAAAUCUGUAGUCUUACAAAACUGGGUAGGGAAAUGAACGGAUAUUGUCUUAAACAGGGAUUUGAAGAACUUUGCAGGAUUCCCCUAGUUCCCUUCAUGGCCUCCUCAGGUAUUAAACCUAUGUUUUUUCAAUUUUCUACUACAUGUACUCUAAAGGCCCAUGUUCCUGAACAAAUUAUGAAAGUGAUAAAUGCAGUAUUUACAGAAGAUAACAGUGUUUUUACACCACUGAAGAAGUUUCCAGAAACCUUUUCAGAGGAGGAAAGGUGUGUUCUGCAGUUUUUGUAGUAGCCAAGGUUUUCUUGAAAAUAAGGUAGUCUGCUAUGCAACUGUUUCUUGGGAAGGAGCGUUGCGUGACGACACAAUGAACGGCUGUGAAGCAGAAGACUUGGGACUCUGAGGGUGAAAUGAUAAUUACUUUAAGUUGCCUUUUUUUUAUCUAGUUGCAUUUAUACCCUUGGUGCCUCUCUCUUAUUGAUCUAACCCGGUACAUGUGGUGUGCAGUCCUAAGCAGGCUGUACAAAUUCACUAUUAAUUAGCGUCUUGAACAUGGCCGGUAUGAAAAGUAGGCAGUGUACAGUUUGCUGGAAAGACGUCCGGCACCGUUGUUCUUAAUCUGCUAGAUUCCCGUCUGUUCUGAAUUGUCAAAUUGUGGCGGAUCGCGUGCUCACUUAUUACAAUCCUGAAUCUCGUGUUCUUUCUUGGCUGAAUUCCCGAAUCCCUUUGAAAUGGCCUAGGGAGGUAAGGACAAUUUUGAAUCCGAUCAGUUGUGUCACUUACUGUAUUCCCUUCACAGGGCGUCAUUCAAAGAACGUGGUGUUAGACUGAUAGAGGAAAAAGUGAAGCCCGCUUUUAAGAAGAUCCAUGACUUUUAUUUACAUGUGAGUAGAAGUUGAACAACUGAAUGUUGCUCGCUCUAGAAUAUGGUUAUUUAAUACAGUGCAGUUAUUUACUACAGUGCAGAGUGGUUAAUGCUGCCAAAGAAUUAAUAUCCGUGUUCUGCUUAUGGUUUGCAGAAGUACAUUCCCCAGACCAGGCAGUCCAUUUCAUGCAGUGAAUUUCCAAAUGGAACUGCAUUUUACAACCAGGUAAGAAGUGUAGAGAUGGUAUUAUAUUGUAUAAGAGCUGACCCGAGAAGGACUAGCUCAGUUGGUAGAGUGCUUGACUUCAGAGUGAAGGAAGUUGUGGGCUGGAUACCCAAGGCUGAACCAAUAUAUCCAGGGUCUGAAAUACAAUGGUACUGGGUUUGCUUUGCAAAUGACAAGACGUUCGUGUUGCUCGGACGAGCACGUAAAGUGGUGUUCCCUCCCCGGUGGAAGACAUGAUUUAGUGUAUUCAAUAUUAUUUUAUGUGCAGCUGUAGUACUUUCGUGCUAAAUACACCGAUGUACAUUGACAGUCCAAUUUUUUGUAACACACAAAAAUGAGUACUUGUAAUAUUAUCAUGGUGUGGCUUCCUCAUGAGUUGACGGUUUUUUUUUUUUUUUUUCUGUAACAUGCUAUUUCGCAUUAAAACAUAGUAAUUCAUUGUAACAUACACUCUAUGUAGCUCUUUCAUUAAUUGACUCUUAAAUACCACAAUUAUUCAAUGCUGAAUCAGGUGUUAAAGUUCCACAUUGCCUGUGAUAUGACAGCACAAGAAGUUCAUGAAUUGGGGCAGGCUGAAGUCCUACGAGUAAGGUCAAGAAUGGAUGAGGUAAGUACACUUUGCGGUGUUAAGAUUUUGGACAUUUUAAUCCUGUUGGCAUCAUAACUAAUGCCUAGACCAAGCGUUGAACUUUUCAUGAGACGAACCAAACUCUAAUUUGGGUCGACCUAAGGUAAGUUAAGAUCGUCUGUAGGGUCAGACGUCGAACUCGGGACUCUUCGAACUAAUCAACUGAAUCAGAACAAAAAGCAAUAUUAAUAAAUUUUCUCCCAAACAAGACUACGGUAAAUAUACAUUAUGAUACUAAAAUUUCUAAUUUAUUAGUUAGUUCGUGGCAUAUGAAGAUCGACGUUUGUCCACUGAGGAGACGAUCUUCAGACGUUCUAUCCGUCUGAAGCAGACGGAUUAAACUAAAACGUGCCAUUCACGCGCAGAAUGAAGGCAACGUCCUUCAGGCCCCGGAGUCAACACAAAUCCAGGUAAGUGUUCCCGUCCGAAGCAGACGGAUAGAACAUGAUUGACGAUUCAGACUCAUUCAGGCGAACUUAACUUAAAACACUAAGUUUGGUUUGUGUUUUAAAAAGUUCGACGUUUGGCUCAGACCUAAGUCUACCACAACAAACCCCAGCUCCACAUUGAGUGUUGCUGAGGGGUAAUCACUGUUAGAGAUCUCGGCAGGCUGAAACUGCUAGCUAGGUCCCGUCCAUAUAAACCAGGGCGAGUUGACGGGCGAGUUGAAACCACAUACUCCGGCCCAACGCCCGUUCACACGAAUCUGGACGCCGGGGCCUGAGGGACGUUGCCUUCAUUCUGUUCGUGUAUGACACGUUUUAGUACAUUUUACUUUUCCUUUACUGUGCAAUAAGGACAUGUAAUUUCCUUACACGACUUUUUAGGGAGGUCGUAAGUGCAUGCCAACAGUUUUUUAUUGUCUUUCUAAGAGUGCGGUCUCAAUAAUUCUACUUGGGAAAGUUCACCUACCUUUGACAUUUUAAACGAGUUGGAAUAAUUACGAUAAAUUUGAACAAAAAGUUGGAUCACAAUCAUUUGCCGUUUUGAGAAAAAAAAAAGAAACACUUGGCUCCCUGUUGAGAUCGUCGAGUGCUCAGGCUUCCCCUUCCCCAGUAUUUACCUCAGGGUUUGUAUGCGCCUCUGUGCACGCAGCAUUACAGUACAGUUUAUUUGCUCUCUCGUAGAUAAUCAAGCAGGUUGGGUUUGCAGGAAACUUCAAAGAGUUUCUGGAUAUGCUUAGAACUGACAAGCGGUUUUAUUACGACACAAAGGUAAAUAUUAAUUCUAUUAUUAUUAUUGUAAAUAUUAUUUUAUUUUUAUGUCAUUACAUUUGAUUUACGUAACAGUAUAAAUAUGAUAGCAACCAACUAAGAGUUGCAAUGAUGAUGUUACCACUUAAUUAUACAAUACAGUAGUAAAAUGAAAUUUCUUGAUGUGUUUCGAUCGAUGAGACAGAGCAUUUGACCAUGGGCGUUACUCACACGUCAUAUUGUCCCGAAAGACUGAAAAAAAGCUUUGUCUUACUUCCCCCAACCUCGCAGUAAAAAACUUGGGAGCGAGGCUAGGCAGGUAAAACAAAAUUACUUUAGUCUCUCCGGACAAAAUGGCCGUCGUGUCACAAAGGCCCAUUUGCACGCUAUGGUAAAAUAAUGGGCCUUAGAACCCAGUCUUUUCUUACCUGGAAAAUACAUAAACGGCAAAUAAGCAUGAUUCUGCCCGAUUCGGUUAUCGCGCAAGUCAGGACCUACCCAUCCUGAAUUGUUUUAGGUUCCUUUUCUGCUGCUCAAGUUGAAAUUAGAACUGCGAGGGAUCACAUUUACAUAUAUUUUGAAUAGCAUUGGCAGGGGCUUAGCCAUCCUAUAAACCUAACCCCCGGGGCCUACAAAUUUUUAGUUUGAUCACUCUACCUCUUGUUAUAAAUUAUUCCUUUUUGGGGGUGAGCUAAAAAGCAUAAGAGGUCAAAGUGUUGGUGAGGACUGUGCAGGCCUACAACUAGUCGAAAAGCUGGCUACGCCCCUGAUUGCUAUAUUUGCUAUACUUGAUGUUUUUUAAGUCUUGUUCGGAUUAAGGUGCUGUGAGUAAGCCGCGUGAGGAAAAAAACUUUUCUGAAAAGAUUGACUUUGUAGGCCAUUUAGAAGCUGGGGAGUUUUAAAUUACCUUUUCUUUCAGGAAGAACUUAUAAAUGGCUAUAAAGAUCUAUGUGAGAACACUAUUAAGCCAAAGCUAAAGGAUUACUUCAAGGAAAUGCCUAAGACACCAUUUGAGUAAGUCCCCUGACCGAGCAGAAUUGUCAAGAGUGCGCUUGUUGGAUAGCCUCACACGCAGACGUUCUUUUGGAUCGUCACGGAGGAACGCGUGACGGACCCCUAAGAACAGCUGCGUUGAGGCUACUUGUUGGGAUUUUCCGCUGUAGUCGCGAUGCAAGAGGUCAUAGGAAGGGUUAAAAUGAAGAACGCGCUUCGCUUCUCAUUCAGCCUUGCCGUCCCAUGUGCCUCUGUGUUCUUGAAGUUUUCCUAUGAUCCUUUUUGCUGCACGCCAAAAAUUCCCGCGACCCCUUGGGCUGCGACUACCGCCGAAAAUCUCAAGAAGCUUAUUGGUUUGAGGCAAGUUGGUGUGAUUGUAGUCAAUUUCUCUGUUUACUAAAGUUUUUUCGUUCAAAUCACUUACCUUUGGCUGCAUCUAAGCGUGGACACGAGACAAAAGAAACAUGUUCUUAUAGGGUGCCAGACAUGACGUGUUUUGCCCCCAAACAUUUGAAGUUUGCCAGCCGUUAAAGCAAAAAGGUAAGUUGUUUACUUGUGUUUGAUCAGCGCGUUCCGCUCAUAUUUUAUUUUUCUUAACUUUCAGACAUAUUUCUCGCUCAGAAACAGCACACUUGCCUCCAGAAAUUAUUCUUAAAGUCUAAAAAUCUUGCAAAGAAAAUUUUGUUGAGCGAAAACAGCGUAAGUCGACACAGCCCGCGUACUCCAAACUUUGAUUGUUGGGCGGACCAAAACACGUCAGGUUUGCAUCCAAUUAGAACAUGUUUUUUCAUCACGUGUACGCGCUUAGAUGCAACCGACGGUAGAUUUGUUUAUAAUACUCAGGAUUGCCGAGACACCUGCAGAUGCUGCCCCCGUGGCUCCAGCAGCUUUCUAUAUGGGUCCCUCUGAGGAUGGCACAAGACCUGGACAAUUCUGGGUCAACACCUACAAACCUGAUACGAGGUAAGCAGUGGAAGUCCUCUUUUCACUAAUGUGCGCUAGUGAUAACCGAAGGUUACAGAGUGCGUGCGAGAACGAUGGAAGGUCAAAACGCUUUUGCUUCAAAUGCUUAAGUGUGCUUUGCAUUAGGCAAAACAUGCGUGAUCAUAUUAAGAGUGAUACAAGGUCCAAACGCGCGUCAGAUCAGAUUACGUUCUGUGCAUUCCAUUUAUUGUUAGUGGAAGUCCAAACGAAGCUGGCUAUGUACGUGCCGUGCUCGCGUAAAGGAGAUUAGGUUUGCGGGCUUCUCUUGUCGCCUGCAGUCAGAUUUGUUUGUAAUACGCGAUGAGAUUACAACCGAUUUGGCUGGCCAGCUGAGACUAACAUUAUUCUUGCAAUAGGCUAGCAAAUAAUAGUUCGUUUUACCUGACUGACCUCAUUUUAGUAGGACAUUGUCCUUUCACCGACUGUUAUUUACAGCUCUGUUGCUAAAAGUAUUUCCUUAUAUUUUUUUCUUCAGACCCAAGUUUGAAAUGGUUUCCCUUGCGCUUCACGAAGCUGUUCCAGGUCACCAUUUACAGGUAUUGUGUUCACGUAAUGGCUCUUCUGCCUGAUUACGUUAGAAGGGCAAAUUUUACCUCCAAGCCUCUAAGGUCAUAGGAUCGACUCCUGGUAAGAUUACUCUCGAUUUUUUCUUGCGAGCCGCCUGCGUCACUGACUGAAAAAACAUCCUUCUCGUGUAUUCACCAGGCACAAAAUUCACCAUCACAUCUCUAUCAUUGCGCAUGAUAUACACAUACAUGUACCCUAAAUCUUCUAUUACGUCCCCCUCUCAAAUAAGCCCCCUGCCUCUAA